UUUGGUGACAUCUUUCCUCUUUUCCUCGCAAAACAUGCUCUCAUUCAUUCGACGUAGUUAUGGAAUAUCCUCCAGAGCACCAGAGGUUUUGAAAUGGACGACAGUUGCUGGAAGAAAUCUCCCAGUUGUUGCAACUAAUAUAUCAAGGUGUUACGCAACUGAUGGUGAAGUUGAUCUGGUGGUUAUUGGAUCUGGCCCUGGUGGAUAUGUAGCAUCUAUCAAAGCUGCUCAGCUUGGAAUGAAGACAGUUUGUGUAGAAAAAGAAAAAUCACUAGGAGGAACAUGCUUAAAUGUUGGAUGUAUUCCAUCGAAGGCAUUAUUGAACAACUCACAUUUGUACCAUCAAGCUGUUUCAGCUGAUUUUAAAAACAGAGGAAUAGAUGUGGGUGAAGUAAAACUAAAUCUAGAAAAAAUGAUGGAACAGAAAUCAACAGCAGUGAAGACACUGACAAAUGGAAUAGCACACUUGUUUAAACAGAACAAGGUAACCCAAGUUAGUGGACAUGGAUCAAUUUCUGGACCAAAUGAGGUUACAGUACAUAAGGAGGAUGGAAGUUCAGAAGUAAUACAGACCAAAAAUAUCUUGAUCGCCACUGGAUCAGAAGUGACACCUUUCCCUGGAACUGAGAUUGAUGAAAAAGUGAUAAUUUCUUCGACUGGUGCACUCUCCCUCAAUAGAGUCCCAGAAAAAAUGAUUCUUAUAGGAGCAGGAGUGAUUGGUGUUGAAUUGGGUUCUGUGUGGUCUAGACUGGGCUCACAAGUCACUGCUAUUGAAUUCUUGGGUCAUAUCGGUGGGCUAGGCAUUGACAUGGAAGUCUCGUAAGUUCAUUUAUUAUGUAAACUGCAGUGUUUUACAAGGAUUUCAAGCCCUGACGAAAGCUGCUGGCAGAAGGCAUUGCAAGAGAAUACAGGCAAUGAAUGUGAACUCAUUUGUUUGUUGUAGAAAGUUGGUAUUCCACUUGAUCCUCGUGGCCGAGUUGUUGUCAAUGAAAGAUUCCAAACCAGCGUCCCUAGUAUUUACGCCAUCGGUGACUGUAUUCAUGGACCAAUGUUGGCGCACAAAGCUGAGGACGAAGGUAUAAUCUGUGUAGAGGGCAUUGCUGGAGGUGCGGUACAUAUUGAUUACAACUGUGUUCCUAACGUGAUUUACACUCACCCGGAGGUAGCAUGGGUUGGAAAGACAGAAGAAAUGCUUAAAGAGGAGGGCGUGGCCUACAAGAUUGGAAAGUUUCCUCUCUCCGCUAACAGUCGAGCACGAACGAACGCCGAAAUUGACGGGCUGGUGAAAAUAUUGAGUGAUAAGGAGACUGACCGACUGCUGGGAUGUCAUAUGGUCGCACCAGCUGCUGGAGAAAUGAUCAACGAGGCUGCGCUUGCAAUGGAGUAUGGGGCAUCUAGCGAGGACAUCGCGCGUGUGUGUCACGCUCACCCGACGGUCUCAGAAGCGUUCCGAGAAGCUAACAUCGCAGCGUAUGCAGGAAAAGCUAUCAACUUUUAGAUGAAUCUCGGCGCGAGAGAUUAAAUCCGCUUGGAAAGCUCUCUCACUUACUGGCUAUAAUAAUGAACACGAGUUGAAAAUGGAACAUACGACUGCUCAUGCAGUAAAGAAGUUGUACAGUUUUUAUGUUCAUAGCUUCCUACUUAUCGCAGAGAUCAUGUCUGAUACUCCAAAUGCAGGAUGAUGAGAUGGAAAAUUACCGGUCAGGGCUGAAGUUUUUAUUCUUAAGAAUAAAGAAGAGAAAUUUA